GGAGUGGCUAAAAUUCAAGCAGACUUUCGCGUGACCUUAACGCACUGCGCUGUGCGAGUGUUUACAGAGUUGCUCUACUCACAAAGCAACUGGCGCGACCCACGGGACGUUCAUAAAUGGUUCGUACGACCCGCCCUUAUGGAACUUUUGACAUCGUUUGUCGACGAGACCACGUGCAACACUUGUUUUGGGAACUUGAUCCUCGUCAGCGCCGCCUGCGCCGCUCUGGAUUGUACUGAACAGGCUACAAAACGUACAGUGAAGCCGGACAACCUGGUUAUGGCUCUUGACAUUAUCAGUUUCGCCGUUCGGAAAAUGCACCCGAAGUGUUUUGACCACACUGAAACGGAACAACUACGAUCAGCUGCCCUAUCCGCUGCUGGUGUGCAAAUGAAAAGACUUUUGAACGACCGCAGCUGCAAGCCGAUUGUGAAGGCACAGAUUACGGGCAUAGAGCUUGCUCUCGAGCACUUGACAAGCCAGUCAUCAAUCCUGGCUCUGCAAAACGACGUGGAAUCCAAAACGUCGAGAACGCGUUUUCUCCGAACCCUGUCCGGGUUCUGGAAAGUUCGCAUGCCACUAGCACUCCAGCGAAUAUCGAGCACUUCGUGUUGA